AUUCUAUAUUAGAAGGAAAAGAAGAACAGGUGCGUUCUCGGUUCUAUCUCUGACAUCCCUCGUCGUACUUUCAUUAAGUUGAGUUGACAAAAAAGAAACGUAUGUGUGCUCACAGAGUAGGGAUGGGUUCUAGAGAUUUGAUCAGCAGUCUGCCAGACGAGGUUCUUGGGAAGAUCCUGUCCUUCCUUCCGACACAUAUCGCCGCUUCCACAUCAGUUCUGUCCAAGAGGUGGAGGAAUCUUCUUGCGCUUGUAAACAAGCUCGAUUUGAGCGACGCAAGUGGUGGUCCUCUAGGCUUCCCUGAAUUCGUGGACAAGACACUUGCUCUCUUAAAAAACUCUUCACUCAUCAAGACAUUCCAUCUCAACUGUGAGCAUAGGCACGAAGACUCUCGUGUGGACGGUUGGAUCCGCACUGCCCUGGAGCUCGGCUUCUUGGAGGAGCUUCGCUUGGAGACCGUAGGUAUGUAUUCUAUAGAGACCGAGUUCUUCACGAGCAACACACUGGUUGACCUCACGAUAUGCGAUGGAUUCUAUCCUGACGGUCGCCUCCCACCUGCUGGUGGAGUCUUUUUCCCAGCGCUCAAAAGACUCUCUCUCUUCUCCGUGGCGUUUGCGGAUUGUGCCAUGUAUGAUGAUCUCGUCCUUGGAUGCCCCGUCCUCGAGGAACUGUUCCUGCAUUAUCCUGAUGAUAACAAUCCCCCGGCUUGGACAGGGGACGUGUCUAGCUCUUCCAUCGAGCGACUGACCAUCAUUCACCAUUAUCCCGAUUACCGCGAAGCUUACGAGUUUGUUUCUUUUACCACGCCCAGUCUUUUGUACCUUGACUACUCUGGUUACGUUGCGGAUCAGUAUGAUGUUGAUUUUGAUUCCCUUGUUGAAGCAAGACUUGAUAUUCGCCCUUGGGAGGCAUUUACAGAUGAGCAUGAUGAUCGUAGUGAUUCUGAGGAUGAUGACAGUGAUUCAAAGGAUGAUGCAGAUUCUUUUUCUUCUUGGGAUGUUACCGGCCUUGUUACAAAGAUAAGCAAUAUCAAGACCCUUCACUUGUCUUCGGAUUCUCUUGAGGUUUUUCACUUUUACUGUAGAUCAAUGCCAGUCUUUCACAACCUCCUUACUUUAUCAUUUGAGAGUGACAAAGAAAAAGGAUGGCAAGUGGUGCCUCUUCUUCUCAACAGCUCUCCAAACCUAGAAACUCUAGUCAUCAAGGGCCUUGUGCAUAAAGUUACAAAUAGAUGCGGGGACGCCUGCAUUUGCAUCCCUAAGAAGAAGAAGAAGGAAGAGGGAGUACCAUGCUGUUUAUCCACAUGUCAAGUGAAGAUGCUAACCGUUUCAGGGUAUUUAGGGACUUGUAGAGAGCGGAAACAGAUAAGUCAUUUCUUGGCGAAUUUGAAAUGUCUUGAAACUGUCAAAGUUGGUGUUCAAGUUGAUAACCAACAAGAGAACCAUGUUCAUAAAAGAUACAUGGGAAUCAUCAAUGCUCUUAUCAAACUUCCCAGAGUUUCGCCAAACUGUCAGAUCCAGUUCUUCUGAUUUCUCUUUUCUCCUUUAUUUAUUUUGUCAAACUGUUUAAUUUGAUUGUCACAACACAUUUGUAUUGAACUCUAUUUUUUUUUUAUGUAAUAUUCUCCUAAUUUAAUCA